UUCAAACUGAGGUACAUAUUAACAUACAGGGUUGAGAAAGUCAAACAAAGCAACCCACUAAUUUUAAAGGCUGAAUUAGAACGACAUUCGUCAUUCUCCGUUAAUCACAUAGAUUAAAGAGAGAAAACUUCAAAUUUUAAAAAAUUCCUUCACCAUCCAACUUCACCCAUCAAUCAAAAACUAAAUUUAUUUCAACACACCCCCACACUACAAAUAUAGAAGGCCUUAUAACUUUCCAAAAUCAACAAAAAAAAAAUCCCCAAAAACAUUUUCUUAGGCAAAAUCAAAAGGUCAAAUAGGGUUGCAACACUAGCACCUGCAAACACCAUUCUCAGGUUUAAUUCUAUUCAACGCGAAUUGCUUUGUUAUGUAAGAUCGACUUGCUUCUUAAUUACCAUUUGAUUUGCAAUGUGGUAUAUAUAGCAGAUUAAAUGGGAGGGACCGAAGAGACAGAGAAGAAACAUGGUAGCGAAGAGGAAAAACACAACGAGGAGGACGACAAGGAUCACAAGCAGGACGAGGAGGGAAAGAAGAAGAAGAACAAGAAGAAAGACAAAGAAAGUAAAGAUAGUAAGGAGAAUAAGGAUAAGGAAGAAGAUGGCGACGGGCACAAAGAGAAGAAGAAGAAGAACCCUGAAGAUAAGAAGGACCCUUCUAAGCUCAAGGCCAAGCUCCAGAAGAUAGAGACCAAGAUGCAGGAAUUGUCCCUCAAGAAAGAAGAGAUCCUCAAGCUCAUCCAUGAAGCUGAAGCUAAUCCUCCACCCAGCUGAUCCAGGAUCACAAUUAAAAUUCUGAACUCUUAAUCAAUUCUAGACUUGCAUAUAAUGCGUGUCUUAUGUAUAUGUAUCGAUUAAUCAACAAAUUAAAACCGGUUUGGUAUGUUAAUCAAUCGCCAUGAUGUAAAUUUCUAUGACCGUUUUUCUUUGUAAAUGUGUAUAUCAAGAAUAAAUAAUAUAUGGAGAGAUAAUUUAAAAGUUGUAAAAUGUUGUCAUCGUUUAUAUUGCAUCAAUCUGAAAGUUAAAAAAUCUGAAAAAUUUGAUGUCAUCAAGCAGAUCCAACUUGGUGAAUAAAAAUGAACAAACCAUAUACAAAUUGUCAAGCAUAUCAUAAAAUAGGGGAUGGGAAACAUUCUUCUAAUCAUCGUGAGAAUAAGAGAUAAUCCUUAGA